GUUGUUGCUAUGGGUGACGUCAUGGAAAGCAAAAGAGCUCAGCUAACUGCAACAUGGAUGAAGAUAGUUCCUUUUUUAUGCCUUUGUAAACAACGUCUUUGAAUCAUUCUAUAUGGUUAAAGUAGAGCUUUAAGUAGAUGGAAAAAUUUUCAUUGUCUGUGGUUACAAUUUUAGUAAGUUUUCGCGAUUUUGAUCUCUGAAUGCGGGGCCAAAGUACAUGUGCUGUUUGUUGUGGCGGCUUGUGUCAACAUCCAGAAUGUUGGCGUUCAAAUAUCCAGCAAGUAAGAGAGGCAGUUUGGCGCAGAAAUGGUGUUAACUCWCAUGAAAGAACUCACGAUAAGUUGCAUCUACAAAAAGAGCAGCGCGAUGAUUCCAGGCAUGGUGAUUUGCCUACUCUGAAGAUAGUGGAUAUUUUUAGUGAUCUCGAUGCUGGUGUACAAAAGACAUCCAGAAAAUAUCUUAAUCAAAUCCACCAAAGAUCAUCUUCAUUGCCUUGUUUACCUUCUGCUGUUGUAAGCCAAGAAAGCAUAUUUAGUCUGCCUCGAUCACCACGGCAAUCUCCUGCUCUGACAUCACCUCCACURACGGAAUAUCAGCGCAGGAUGAAAUGGAAAAAGCAGCUUGAUGGUCUUUCAAGAGUUAAGAAUGCUUCAGACUCCAUCAAARUGUCAACUAUUGGAGUCCAUGAAGUCUAUGAAGAUAAUGAACUGGAUCAAGAAUGGCAGGAGGUCUAUGUUACCUCUGCCUAUCUUGUAUGGUGCCCAUCAAAUAAAAAGGGAAGGAAAGCCAAAAGAAACUCAAGUAAUAGUGAAAAAAGACAUAACAAUAAGAAGGUCAUCCCUAAAGAUGUAACAGAGGAUCUUGUUCCUGCUUCUAUGGAAACCAUAAAACAAUGUCGCCCAAAGUCUACAAAAACACCAACAGGKGGUCAGCCUUUCUCUCCUCACAAAUCUGUGACAAAUCCUGCUUUGUGUCAGUAUGGAAUGGAAGAUCUUUCAAAUCUACCAAAACCAGUGUUGUCAGGAAUUUUGAAGAGGAUCAAUUGGAGAAGUAAUGAAGGGACUCCCAGUGAAGAGCAGGAAAAAACUAAAAACACUGAUGCUGAAUUAGUUGCAUCACAGCAAGAAGGAUCAAAGAUGCUUUUGGCAGUUGAUAUUAACUCACGAUUUACAACACCUGAAGAAGAUGGAGAGGAAAAGGAACAAAAAGAUAUUGAUAAAGAAAAUAGCAACAUAAUAAAGGAGACAACAAAAACUGAACCAUUUAGAACAGAAGACUUAAAUGACAUGAAACAGAGAAGGGAAUUCUUAUCAAUGCAUUCUAUUGGUCUACCUAUAGAUGAUUUACCUGAACCCAAACACCACCAUUGCACCAAUUCAAUUCCCAGAAGAAUGAGCCUGGGUGUGUCUCUAGAACCAGUUAAUUUAGUACCCAUUACGCCCUCACCUGCACCGACACCUAAGCAAUCUUCUCAAAAAGAUCUAAGUAUUGAGGCACAAAAACCUGAUGAACCAUCACUGGUUGUGAAUGUACCAAGUGGACGACCUGAGUCAGCCCCAAUGCAUAAUUCUUUGGACAUAUGGGAGAAAUUCCAAGAUCAAUACUAUGUCAACUCUGCUUUCAGAUACACACCGUCACCUGUAAGAGCACCAGCGCCAACUCCAAUAAGUCCUGACAAAUACUCGGAAUUUGCUCGCUAUUCAAGAACCUCUCGUCGCACAAGUUCAUCGCAAGACGAACAGAUUUUGAAAUCAAUGCGACGAUGGAACACAUUAAGCAGUGUUUACGAUUCCGACGACACUAGAGAAAGAUGCGCUCCUAUAGAAAAAGAUGCGUUCUGUGAUAAAAAGAACGGGCUUUUAGAAGGAGGGAGCGUAUUCCUCACUGAAGGAGUCACGGAUGAAAUCGAUAAGAUGGCAGUUCCUACACCCAAAUGCCGUAGUCCAAGCCCAGGCAGUAUGACCUGUAUUCCUAAAGACAUUAUUGAACAGUUUCAGGGAGACAUAUAUGGCAGACGAUAUCCAAGGACAGAAACUAAAGAAAAAUUAACUAGAAAAACUUUAACACAUAUUAGCACAGGAAUUGUGGCACCUGGUUGGCGACCACCAAGGUCAAGGACACCUAUUCAAUUAUCGGAAACACCAGCACGUUAUCCACCUCGUCCUCUGCGACAGCCACCUGUAGAAUCUAUACCAAAGUCACUAAAAAUCAUUUCCAUUCCCAAACAAACUGAGCGAUUUAGGCGCCCAAGGAGUACUCCUCCUCGGACGAAUACUCCAAAUGACAACGAUCUAGUACCAUUAGUAUURUCUGAGUCAUCCUUAGUUAAUCAAAGCGUAGAGUCUGCCAUAUCUAUGGAAGUACAAGGAACCUCUUCGCAYAGUACUGAUCAUGGAGCAAUACCGCCGCCACCCUCUCCAGAGGCUUUGAAAAAUGAGUUGCAACCUACUCUAGAGACACUUUGUGAAGAAGAUGAGCGAAGUAGUAGAAACACAAGUAUAAUUGAUGUUAUUGACAAGGAAAUGCCUUUGUCAAGAUUAUCUCCAUUAGGCGGUGGCAGCGAAAUCAGUGAUGAAUCAGUUGAUCUUCCAAUUGAGCUUGACGUACGCCAAUCCAAUAAUGAUAGUAUCACAGAAUUUAAAAGUGAGUUCCCUCAGAAAGAACAAGAAAAUCUAUUGAUUUCUGAAAAAGCAUAUACAUAUAAGACUGAUCAACACCAACCAGAAUUUGAUUUAAAGCUCGCACGUUUAGAAGGAGGAUCAUCCGAACGAUUCCCAGAGGAAGUGUCGUCCAAACUACAACCAAAAGAAGUGCCUUCUAAACCACACCCAAAUCAAGUGUCAUCUAACGCAGACGAAGUGUCGUCUAAGGCACAUCAAGGAGACGUCUCGUCCGAACCACACCAAGAAGAAGUGCUGUCUAAUCCUCGCCAAGAAGAAGUACUGUCUAAACCGAACCAAGAAGAAGUGCUGUCUAAUCCUCACCAAGAAGAAGUGCUGUCUAAACCGAACCCAGGAGAAGUGCUGUCUAAACCGAACAAAGAAGAAGUGCUGUCUAAUCCUCACCAAGAAGAAGUGCUGUCUAAUCCGAACCCAGAAGGAGUGCUGUCUAAACCACUCGUAACAGAAGAUUAUUUUGUACCACGCCCAAAACAAGUGUCUCCUGAGCUACAUCCGAAGCAAGAGUCACGCGAGACGAACGAUAAUUCUAGUUCUCUAGAAAUGCUGGAAGAGAAAACAGAUUUGCUCCAAGAUUUACACCAACCACCCGGCUCUCCUGAUGCUGCAUCGACUCCGGAUUUCACAGAAGGAAUUGAUAUGGAAUUAGACCUAGCUGCUGAGCUCCAAGCCGCUAUGGAGGGACUUGAUGAUUUUAACAUUGAUGAUAUUAAUGAGGACGAGCGUUAACAUUAAGCAUAGAAAUGUGUUAUAAAUAUAGUAUACAACAUGAACAUAUUUUUUAUUAUAAGUGAAACAAAAAAAUUCUCUUUUUUGAUUGAACUGUACAAAGUGAAUCUUGAUUUUCUUAAAAUAAAUUUAUAUUUUGUCAGAUAAUGUCACGCAUUAGAGUGCACUUGACUAUGGCCGUGAAAUAGUUACUAAUACAAUCUCCUUCGUCUUCUGGUAUUUAAUUAGUGCAAUUUUGUGCAAUUUCCUACAAAAUGCGCUCUAUUAUUUAUAACAUUAGCUAAGAUAAGAUCUCUAAAACAUCCGCGGCAGUCUUUGCAUUUGGUUGUCAAUGUCCAAUGAGUCAAUGUGCACUGUGUUCCGAUCGUUGUUUUGCCAUGUACCGUACAACUUCAACUGGUUUAGCAAUGACACGAGUUUUAACCUAGGAAUUCAUUUUCGUA